AGUUACUUCUUAAAACAUUUAUUAUUCGGAAUAAAAAGGACUCUAUAGACGAAAAUGAAUCUCCGCGAAAUAUUUACAGUACACAUCAUAAACAGUACAUGUUUCCAAGAAUAUACCCUGUACAUAUUUAUGGUGGUAUUCAUUAUUGUAUCUUACCUGCUGUUUUUCGUGCCAUGUAACUGGAAGAAGAUAGAAUUUGAAUAUUUAACUGGCGGAGGAAUAAAUGUUAUGAACAGGAAGGCAUCUAUAAACAACCUUAGAAAGAACGGACCGAAAGAGUUACCACCUCCAUAUCCAAAUGGUUGGUAUAGCAUUUUGGAAUCCUUUGAACUCAAGAGGGGAGAAGUUAAAAAUGUGUUUGCUCUUGGAAAACAGUUUGCAGUUUUUAGAACAUUAAGCUCUUCGGUGUAUGUAUUGGAUGCAUAUUGUCCCCAUUUAGGGGCUAAUAUUGGGACAGGAAGAGUAUUUGGAGAUACAGUUGAAUGCCCCUUUCACAAAUGGCGCUUUCGUGGAACUGAUGGUGCAUGUGUGUUUGUGCCUUACAGUUCUUGUGUGCCUAAGUCAAGCAAAUUGCAAAAGUGGACUUCGAGGGAGGUAAAUGAUCACAUUUUUGUAUGGUAUAGUGCUGACCCUGAACUGGUACCAUGGGAAAUACCAGCAUUGAGUGAAAUUGAAAUAGAAAGAUUUGUUUAUCAUGGGAGAAACGAAUUUUUUGUAAACAGUCAUAUACAAGAAAUUCCAGAAAACGGAGCGGAUAUAGCACAUUUUGGAGCAGUUCACGACAAUUGCUUUUUAAGUGGUACUGAACUGUCACAUAAAAGCAUUUUUAAAGAUGUGGGAGUUCACAACUGGCAGCCAAGUUGGAAGCCCACUAAUAUAAAACAUAUAGCAAUAGUGACAUUAAAACACUCUUUAGUUGUUGCCGAGAAAUUCAAUGUGUUCCAAAUGGAUAUAACUGGAGAGCAAAUCGGUCCUUCGUAUGUUCACUUGCACUUGGAUUCCCCAUCUUUCGGUCGGAUAAAAGUGGUACAAACGGUAACACCUAUAGCGCCCCUCAUUCAAAGAGUUAUUCAUCGUUUCUAUGCAAUACGUAUUUUGGCGCCUGUUAUAAAAUGUAUAAUAUUUGCUGAAAGCGUCAUGUUUGAGAGAGACAUGAAUAUGUGGAAUCAUAAAAUAUUUCGCAGAAGACCAUGUUUGGUAAAGGAAGAUAUGAUGAUAGUUUCCUUUAGAAAUUGGUUUGAACAAUUUUAUUCGGAAAACAGUCUUACAUUCUCUGAAGCAUAUGAAAAUAUUAGUUGGUGAAUCUAAUAAGAAAUAAUAAAAGCGGGAGAUCUAUCUUAUAUAAAUUCAA